AGGAAGAAGCUUCAAUGGUGGUUAUAGGCGAGCAAAAAAAAAAAUCGACAAUCAGAGGAGACUGGCUUCAGUUCCUUUCUUUUCUGUACUUAGCAGAAGCAAGGAACCAUUUGAUUGGACGUGGAUGCAAUUGUUGAGUAGCAGGAGAAGUCCCCUUGAACUGAUAGAUUGGACAAAAAGGAAAGCCCUGAACCUGAAAGGACCUGCUCAGGGACUAGGAUUCCAUGGAAGAGAUUUGAAAUAUGGUUUUAACAAGUCCACUCGACAUGGAAAACUUGUUUGUUCAACUCCAAAUUCAGAUGACAAUCAGCCGCCUCUCUUUGUCUCCCAAGAAAAGCCAAACACAAACCAUGCACCUGAACCCUUGUUGAGCAAAUGGUCUCCUCCUAGGUACCUGUGGAGGGGAUUAUCUGUUCUCAUCCUGGCAGGACAGGUGAUUAUUAGAACUCUGAAAGGUAAAGUCCAUCGGAACAACACCCUUCAGCAACUGGAGAGGGUAGGACCUAGAUCAGUUGGGGUUUGCCUCUUGACCUCAGCUUUUAUUGGUAUGGCUUUCACAAUUCAAUUCGUUAGAGAGUUCACCAGAUUAGGGCUACACAAAUCCGUUGGUGGUGUAUUGGCCCUAGCCUUCUCUAGAGAGCUAAGUCCUGUGGUUACAUCAGUUGUUGUAGCUGGCCGCAUAGGAAGUGCAUUUGCAGCAGAAUUAGGGACAAUGCAGGUCUCCGAACAGACUGAUACACUGAGGGUGCUUGGUGCUAAUCCAGUGGAUUACCUGGUCAUACCCAGGGUGAUUGCUUGCUGCAUGGCUGUGCCAAUUUUGACUCUCAUGUGUUUUACAGUAGGAAUGGCAUCUAGUGCUCUUUUGGCUGAUGGUGUUUAUGGGAUUAGCAUUAACAUUAUCUUGGAUUCAGCUCAGAGAGCUCUUAGGCCUUGGGAUAUUAUCAGUGCGAUGAUCAAGUCGCAGGUUUUUGGGGGCAUCAUUGCUAUAGUGAGCUGUGCAUGGGGAGUUACCACCAUGGGAGGUGCCAAAGGCGUUGGCGAAUCAACCACUUCAGCAGUGGUGAUCUCUCUCGUUAGCAUCUUUAUCGCUGAUUUUGCCCUCUCAUAUUGCUUCUUUCAGGGUGCUGGAGAUUCACUGAAGCACUGUAUGUAACGUUUAUAGUUUCAGGUACACUUGUGAUCAAUCAUCUUUUGAUGUCCAGGCGGGAGCUUGUUCAAUUGCUGUGUUCUUUCUGAAUGCAACAAGAGAUACCAGACCAAGCAUUCCAUGCUCUGAAAGGAGCAAAGUUUCUGUAAAAAUCUGUUUUACUUGAUGUUCGCCAUCAUUUUUAUUUUACUAUUCUGUCUUGGAUUCUCUCGAGUGUAUAGUCCAUUAAACAAAUACGCAGUGUAAUGCAUUUUCUUGUGGUAUCAUCUAGAGUCUAGACUGCAAGCAAAGAAAAUUUCACUUGUGAGAAAAUUGUUGUGAACUAAUUUCUUUGGUUA